AUGUCUCAGGACCCCGAACUCGACAAGAUGCUUGUGCUCGACGCCCUGAGUAGCGGCCUCAACAUAUCCAUGACAGAGCUCCUCAGCAUCCUCGGUCGACAAGCCCCGAUCUCAAACCUUCUUCUCGGACCCGUCAUCAGACCACAGCAAAUUCCCAUGACGACGGCCUCUCAUCCCGAACCGAGCACGCUUCUACAACAGAAGGCACCGGCGGCGACAGGGGGACAGCACCUGUUGAAGGAGUUCCACAUUGUAUACUGGACCGCUUUGGGUCUCGUCACCCUCAUCGCUAUAGCGGCUAUCUGGACGAAAGCUCACAUGGCGGCGCAAAAGGGUCGGAAGUCGUUCGAGGCCAAGAAACCUAUGUCGGACGUUGAGAAAUGGCACAUGCGGCGUCAGAAGGCCCGCGAUGAGGCGUCCAUGGCGCUGGGGCAGGUGGAUGAUCAAGCUCCGGGUACGUGA